GUCGACGCCUACAACUAACUUGUUUAUUUAUUGGGUCUCCCUGUCUCCCAACCUCUGCAUGGCACGGCGCUCUCUUCGAAUUCGACAGAGGGCAGCCACUCUGGGAGAUCUGAGCCUACAGGGUGCCAAAAUAUCAGCACACGUAGGUUUAAAUGACACAAGGAACAGCGAUGAGAGAACAAAAGAAGAAAAAGAGCGUCCUCUUAAACGAACUAAGAAGAACUCUCAGCACUCUGUCGAAUCAAGUACAAAGACGAAAGGUGUUCCGAAGCAAUUUAGGCGAAUUCGAGGAAAGUUUGGACUACUGGAGAGACUAACGAAAGACGUUCCGCUAGAAAUCAUUCUAGAGAUCUUUUGCUAUCUCAACCCGCACGACCUUCUCCGUUUGGCUCAAACAAUCAAAGACGUUCGAAGUAUCUUGAUGUCCAAGUCUUCAGCAAGCAUUUGGCGUAUUGCCCGCGCCAAUGUUGGGGAUUUACCACCGCUCCCUGAAGAUUUAAGCGAACCCCAAUACGCUCACCUUCUUUAUGAACCUUUCUGUCAAAUAUGUAACAGAGAAUGUGAUAAUGUUCUCUGGAUGUUUCGUAUGAGGUGCUGCGAAAGCUGCGCUGAGUCCACGUUUCCCCUGUAUGACAAGAAAUUUUUAGCCAGACAACCACCCGUGUUUCGCAAGCACCGAAUUCUCCCCCGGCAAUCUGUCCGACUGAAUGGUUGGCCAAUAUCCAUCGGGAACGACGAGAUCGCAGCGCGUUUCAAAGCGGAAUUUCAGAACCUCCAAACGCCUGAGGAACAAAACACGUGGAUAGCCAGCAAAAAACACGAACUUCAGGUCAAAGAGGAGCAUGCUCACUUAUGUACAUUGUGGCAAACGGCCAUGCUAGACAAGCGUGAAAAUGAACUGGAGAAUCUACUGGAACGAAGGAAGGACGCUAUCCUUAUCCGACUGGCAGAAAUUGGCUGGCGCGAGGAGGCGGAAAUCUCUUCCUAUGUCUUUGCCGACUAUAGAUUAGUCAGACAGCCACAAGAACUAACGGACUCUGGUUGGAACAGAAUCAGAGAUAGAUUGGUCAAACGAUUAUCUGAUCAUAAGGCGCGCCGUCUCGAAGAAGAACAACGUCAAGCUAUCAAUUUGCGACGCAGCCUUCUGGAGAAAGAGUACAAUGAAAUUUACUCAGCAUCGGACCACCGGGAACCCUUUCCGUCUUUGGGGGACAUCCUCAGCAACGAACCAUUCGAAACCUUGAUAUGGGACAGCCCUCUGGAUGAGAACAUGACCGGCCAAUUUGUUCGGGAGAAGCUUUUGGAAUAUCUGCCUAGCUUUAUCGAGAAAUGGAAACCAGUGAAAAUGCAGGAGCUCGUGGAAAUCAUGCGGAAAUCCAUUCCGGAGGUCACACUUUCGGACCUGCCCUUGGCAACAUCGAUUUUUCGAUGCGCGGAAUGUCCAAGUAACAUAAAGAUGCACUAUCCCCAAAUGUUCUAUCAUAGGUGCUGCUUCCGAGACCGUCGUAGUCCAUGGUCAUCUCACCCUAUCGUUUUUGAUGAAUCCGGAUCGCAAGUCGUGAGGACGAUACUGCAGGCUUGCGCUCUUAAUCCCUCGACCACGACAAUUCAGAAGUUGCAUUCUGUUGAUCCGCUCAUUGAAUGUACAACGUGCCAUUUGUCAUCAGCUUCUCACUACGGCGGACGGCUCUUCAUGAGGUGGCCACACGCAUUAAACCACUCAUCAGACCAUAAUUUUUCAGUCAAUUCAUUUGGCGAAUUGACGGAAAAAAUCUUCGCCUGUGAGCCGCCCAUUGGAUAUGGCAAUCGAAUCUGUUGUGUCCAUUGCCACGAGGAGCUUCCUCAUAGAGCACCAGAUUUACGUGCCCAUUUACUUCAGCAUAGCGAAAUCGACGUUAAAAAGAUCAAGGAUACCAAGCUUCAAGAGAUCCAAGAGCAUUGGUAUUGGGAUCCCCGCUGUGCGCUGCGAUUCUUGCGCCAGUCUUUUCGAUGCAGAGAAGCACUGACUUGAGCAAACGUUCAAUCAUGUUUCUCAAAGAGACAAGAGGUGUAUGAUACAGUAAAUAGCUGUUAUAGAUACAUCACAUUGGUCACAAAAUUCAUAAAUCAUUCUUCGCGUCUCUUUUUCAUUU